UAUAUCGGCUGCGUCUGCCUUUUACUAAAUUAAAUUAAUCGUCAACUGCCCUUCAAUGUUCAACAAAUCUUCGCAGUUUUCCGAAUCAUGGAGGAUAAAGAUGCCUUUUUUUUCAGUUUAAAGUGAUGACUUCUGUUAGGUUAGGUUUGACAAGUUCGGACGCCAUGCCCCGUUUGUAUUUAUAUCACCCCGUGAUCCACCAUCCGUACCCGACGCCAUUUCCAUCCCUUGCUCCCAAGCCAACACAGAAUCAGCUGACUUCGGUUGCUGUGCCGUCUUCUUCUUCUUCUUCUUCUUUUCUCCGAUCUUAUAGCGGUGGCCGGAGGAGGGAUUUCAGGGUCGGUGUUGGGAUGGGAGUGACCAAGAUGGCUGGAUCAAGGGUUUCUGUGGGAAGCAUAGCGGGAUCUGAUCCUGCCGGCGCUGGUAAGAUCUCGCAGCUCAACGCGGUUGUUCUCGGCGAGGCGCUGGUUUCCGAGGAGAAUGAUCUUGUCUUCCCCAGUCCAGAGUUCUCAGCGCAGGCUCUCGUUUCUUCCCCGGAACAGUAUGCGGAAAUGUAUAAGAGAUCAAUAGAAGAUCCGGCUGGUUUCUGGUCGGAGAUAGCUUCCCAGUUUUACUGGAAGAAGAAAUGGGAUCCAAAAGUCUUCUCAGAGAAUCUUGAUGCGAGGAAGGGGAUUGUGAAGAUAGAGUGGUUCAUAGGAGGAAUCACCAAUAUCUGCUAUAAUGCUUUGGAUGUAAACAUAGAAGCUGGGAAUGGUGACAAGGUUGCAAUCUUAUGGGAAGGAAAUGAGCCAGACCAGGAUGGGAAACUGACUUAUAAUGAGCUUCUGGAGAAGGUUUGCCAGCUGUCCAAUUACUUGAAAGAUGUGGGUGUUAGAAAGGGCGACACAGUUGUGAUUUACUUGCCAAUGUUGAUGGAGCUUCCAAUUUCUAUGUUGGCUUGUGCUCGUAUUGGUGCUGUGCACUCGGUUGUCUUUGCUGGCUUUUCUUCGGAGUCUUUGUCCCAAAGGAUAAUGGAUUGCAAGCCUAAAGUUGUAAUAACAUGCAAUGGUGUGCGCAGGGGUUCUAAAGAACUCAUACUAAAAGAUAUUGUGGAUAGUGCACUUGCGGAAUGUGCCAAGAAUGGUUUUUCUGUUGAUUUAUGCCUGACAUAUGAAAAUAAGUCAGCCAUGAGUAGAAAAGAGACAAAAUGGCGAGAUGGAAGAGACAUAUGGUGGCAGGAUGUAGUUCCGAAAUUUUCAACGAAGUGUGAUGUAGAGUGGGUGGAUUCUGAAGAUCCAUUGUUUCUCUUGUACACAAGCGGCAGCACUGGAAAGCCUAAGGGUGUAUUGCACACGACUGCAGGCUACAUGGUAUACACAGCAACAACGUUCAAAUAUGCUUUCGACUACAAGCCAUCAGACGUAUAUUGGUGCACUGCUGAUUGUGGUUGGAUCACUGGGCACAGCUAUGUGACAUAUGGACCUCUAUUAAAUGGAGCAACCAUAGUUGUUUUUGAAGGGGUUCCGAAUUAUCCAGAUUCUGGACGUUGCUGGGACAUAGUUGAUAAAUAUAAGGUGUCGCUUUUCUACACUGCUCCGACUUUGGUGCGUUCUUUGAUGCGUGAUGGUAAUGAGCAUGUGACUCGCCACUCACGCAAAUCCUUACGUGUUCUAGGAAGUGUGGGGGAGCCCAUCAAUCCUAGUGCAUGGAGGUGGUUUUUCAAUGUUGUCGGUGAUGCACGGUGUCUUAUAUCCGAUACCUGGUGGCAAACUGAGACUGGCGGUUUCAUGAUCACACCUUUACCAGGUGCUUGGCCGCAAAAACCCGGUUCGGCUACAUUUCCAUUUUUUGGGGUGCAGGCAGUAAUAGUUGAUGAGAAAGGCACUGAGAUAGAAGGGGAGUGUAGUGGCUACCUUUGUAUUAAAAAUUCAUGGCCUGGAGCCUUCAGAACGCUUUAUGGUGACCAUGAGAGAUAUGAGACCACAUAUUUUAAGCCAUUCCUAGGAUAUUAUUUCUCCGGUGAUGGUUGCAGCAGGGACAAGGAUGGGUAUUAUUGGCUCACUGGAAGAGUUGAUGAUGUAAUUAAUGUGAGCGGGCAUCGAAUUGGCACAGCGGAGGUUGAGUCAGCGCUGGUUUCUCAUCCUCAGUGUGCGGAAGCUGCAGUAGUUGGCGUUGAACAUGAGGUUAAAGGACAGGGAAUUUAUGCUUUUGUUACUUUGGUGGAGGGUGUUCCCUACAGCGAGGAACUGAGGAAAAGUCUUAUUUUAGCUGUCAGAAAUCAGAUUGGGGCAUUUGCUGCUCCAGAUAAAAUCCACUGGGCUCCAGGGCUCCCAAAAACGAGGAGCGGGAAGAUCAUGAGAAGGAUAUUAAGAAAGAUAGCUUCCAGGCAGCUGAAUGAGCUUGGUGACACCAGCACUCUUGCAGAACCUGCUGUGGUCGACCAGCUUAUCGCACUCACCGAUUCCUAAAGCAUUUUCCGGGGUUUUUCUCUCUUUCUUUCUUGGUUUUAUUUCAUUUUCGGCACAUCACCAUGAUUAUAGAUAUAGAAGUACUUUUAUGUUAAAAUUAUGUUUUCAAUAAAUUUUUUGAAUAUUUUUUCCUCUAUACUUGAUUGUUUAAAGGUGGAUUUAA